AUGAGCUCGCCUCGACCGAUCAAUCUGGUUGGAGAUCGGCCAAGGCCCAAGAUCGUCUUCCUCUUCAAAUGGCGUCCGAGUACGGUGCCAUCCUCAGAACAGAAUGGACCCCUUCCGGCUGGUAAAAUAGAUGAUUGCUCUGUCGUCCUCGAGUUGUGGGCAGAUGCGUGUGUCCGACGCGCCAGAAUAACUAAAUUGACGAUCAAAGCAGCAGACACGUAUUAUUCUGCAAUUAAGCCCCAGUCCGGCUGCCUCGUGUCCGCCGAGACGGACGCGACGGACACGCCAAAAGAGAGCUGUUCGUCGUGUGCGCUUGCCCGACUUCUAAUUGCCAGUCUGGGCCACGAGGCGAGUCAGUGCUGCGUCGGGAGAGUCCUGCUCUGCCGGACAGACCAAUCGGGGCAGGGCAGGGCGAGACGAUGCGACUGUGGUUAUGGCAUGAAACGACGCCCUGAUAAGCCCCAUCCACGUGGUGGGCUUGCCAAAACGACCGAAAUAGGGAAAGUGGCCGGAAUCGCCAAACUCGGCAUGGAUGAGUGA